ACCGUGUUGGGUUUUGCAGUAGCCCGUAGAGAUCUUCAGGUAUUCAGAUCCUGAAACUCCCGGUGAAAUCCGUUGCAUCAAAAUUGCCACACGUGAAUUUCAUUCUUGCUAGAGGUUGUUGGGACAAGUACAUCAUGGUUGAUUUAUCUAUUGUAUGGAGUGACAGCAAAGACAGAACCGUACAAUAAUUGUAUAUGUCCCAUUCCUCCGAGAACUGGGACGAGAACACCACCCACCCGAAGAGAAAGAGAGGGAGCUAUGGCUGUGGAGGAAGAGGGCCGGAAAGGAAUCCCAUCUCUCCUCUCCUCCGGGGACGGGGAGGAGAACAUCGCCUCCAACAUCACCCAGCUCAUAGGGUGGACUCCACUAAUAGAAAUGAAGAACAUUGCUAAGAAAGACGGCGUCGAAGCGCGGUUGGUUGGAAAGAUGGAAGCGUACCAACCCCUUUGCUCAGUUAAGGACAGGAGCGCUCUCCGGAUGAUUGAAGAUGCAGAGGAGAAGGGCUUGAUUUCACCUGGUGUUACGACACUAAUCGAGCCAACAAGCGGAAAUCAAGGAAUUGGAAUGGUGUUCAUCGCUAUUCAGAAAGGCUACCGGUUUAUUGCUGUUAUGCCUGCAAAAUAUUCACUUGACAAACAGAUGCUACUGAGAUUUUUGGGUGCUGAACUUAUCUUAACAGAUCCUGCAAAUGGGUUUAAAGGAAUGAUUGGCAAGGUAGAGGAGCUGAUGAAGACUAUACCAAAUUCUCAUUGUCUUAAUCAAGUCACCAAUCCAGCAAACCCAGAUGCACACUUCAAAUGGACUGGACCCGAGAUAUGGAAGGACACAGCAGGCAAAGUGGAUAUGUUUGUGGCCGCUGUUGGCUCAGGAGGCACACUGACAGGUGUAGGAAAGUACCUGAAGAUGAAAAAUCCAUCCAUAAAGAUAGUGUGUGUGGAACCUUCAGAAAGCGCUGUAAUUUCAGGAGGCUCACCGGGGUCACACAAGAUUCAGGGCACGGGGCCAGGGUUCAUACCGGAGGUUCUCGACACGUCGGUCAUCGACGAGGUCGUGACGGUGAGCACGGAGGAGGCCAUGGUGAUGGCGAGGAGGCUGGCGAGGGAGGAGGGCCUGCUUGUCGGCAUAUCCUCGGGUGCAAACGUCGCUGCUUGCAUCAAGAUUGCGGCGAGAGAAGGGAACGAGGGCAAGAUGAUUGUUACCAUAUUCCCCAGCGCUGGCGAGAGAUACCUGAACUCUGAUCUCUUUGCGCUUGUUAGGGAGGAAUGUGAGAAUAUGACUUUUUGAUGUCAUGGGCAGCUCUCAUUAAGUAGAAUGGGUGCUAUUUUUCAUGUGUUCGUAAGUGUCAGCAGAAGGUACAGUGAAUCCUCUGUUCUUGCUUUUCAAAAAACAGAGCAUGCCUUUGCUUGUUUGAAUACAUGUGGUCGGAUACAGGCUAAUUGAAUGGAAGAAAUCAUAUGCUGAUCUUCA